AUGAUUAUCACAGGAUCUGAUGAGCAAUAUAAGCAGUAUGGGAUUGUGAUUGAUGCGGGUUCAUCAGGAUCAAGAAUUCAUAUUUAUCAAUGGGAUUCACCACAACACGUUUUGAAUUCCAAAGGUCAAGAGGAAGCUGAUAAAGAUGGUUCUCAAAUAGCACUACUGCAGUCUGUCCCUCAAAUUCGUCAGGAUAAAAACUGGACCCAUAAGAUUUCUCCUGGACUAUCAAGUUUCAGGGACAAACCAAAUAAGGCUUAUUCGAAGCACAUAAAACAGCUUUUAGAAUUCGCCAAGGACGUCAUUCCAGCAAAUAAAGUUUCCGAGACACCAGUUUUCAUUCAGGCUACCGCCGGGAUGAGAUUACUUCCUCAGAGAAAACAAGAGUUGAUUUUGCAAGAACUGUGUAAAUCGAUUAGAAGUGAUACGAACUUCCUAUUGAAGGAUUGCUCAUCACAAAUUCAGAUCAUUGAUGGGGAAACAGAGGGUUUAUAUGGGUGGUUAAGUCUCAAUUAUCUGUUGGGGAACUUUGACAACUUUGAUCCUAAAUAUGCACAACACCCUUCGUCAGGUUUUAUGGAUAUGGGAGGUGCUUCAACGCAACUAGCGUUCAUGCCGAGUGACCCGGAAGAAAUUGCAAGGCAUAAAAAGUAUAUGCACACCAUAUAUUUGAAGAAUGUCAAUGGUGACACCCAAGAAUGGGAUGUAUUCGUGAGUACAUGGUUGGGGUUUGGAGCCAAUAGGGCAAGGUCUAGGUAUUUGGCUCAACUAAUUAAUUCGUUACCUGAAAACGCAAAUGAGGAAGAUGAUGACGACUACAAGACAAGAUAUAUUAGCGAUCCAUGUUUACCGAAGGGAGCAAAAACCGAGUUUGAGUUCAAGGAUAGAGAUUUCGAAAUCACAGGUGCUGGUGACUUUGUACAUUGUAUGAAGUCGAUGUAUCCGUUACUUUUGAACAAUCUACCUUGCUUAGAAGAACCUUGUCUCUUCAAUGGUGUACAUGCACCAAGGAUUAAUUUUGAACAAGAUAAGUUUGUGGGUAUUUCAGAGUACUGGUAUACAGCAAAUGAUGUGUUCAAGAUGAGUGGGGAGUAUAAUUUCCAUGAAUUCUCGAAGAACGUCAAAGAAUUCUGUGAAUCUGAUUGGAAUACGUUGAAAGAGAACAACGCUAAUGGAGUGUACAACAAUAUACCAGAUGACUUCUUACUGGAUAGUUGUUUCAAGGCGAACUGGAUAUUGAACGUCUUACAUGAGGGCUUUGACCUUCCUAGGAUGGAUAUAGACAUUCCAGACGACUCAAAAAGCGACGAUGAUAGACAUGUUCCAUUCCAGAGUGUUGAAAAAAUUAACAACCAAGACGUAACCUGGACGUUAGGUAGAAUUUUAAUGUACGCUUCGGGACUUGUCGUUGCCGGAGACGCAAGCGCCACUGUUGGUAUAAUGCCAAGUCCCAUGGAUGAAAAGAAAGACGGCAAGCAAUUCAUUCCGGGAGCCAUCCUGUCCCUCCAACAGCCAGUCAAUAACGCAUCCUUCGGAGUAUCAUUGAAACAAACAAUAAUUCACAUUUUCAUAAUUUCAUUAGUGCUCGGUUCGAUAUAUCUUAUCAUUAGCAAAUUCAGAUUCGCUAGACAAUUCCCCAAACACAAGAUAUUUGAUGGUAUCAAUGCAGUGAAAACAAGUUUCUGCAAACUUAAAACAUAUAGCAAACUGGCUCAAGAAGAAGACAUGCUAGGAAAAUUGGAAGAAGGUACCGUUAAUCGGGGUAGAUUUGGUCGUCAAGAAAUGGAAAACAGCUCAAAUUUCAGAAGUAGAAGUAUGAUGAAUUUAGGCGAUUCCCUUGAUAGUAAAGAUUCUUAUCCACUGUCAGAUAGGGAUAGGAAAAACACUUCAUUACCGAACCAAGGGAUGAGACCAGUAUUUUCAAUGGCCGAUUUCUCGAAGUUCAAGAACACGAAUAAAGACUAA